GUCUUGAAACUCUCUAAUGCUGGCCUCCAAGUUGGUGGUAUUCAUGAUACUACUCUGCUUCAUCAUCAUCUCAACUUCACAUCUCUUCGUGUGCUUGAUCUCUCUGGGAAAUUAUGACCUGAACAUCACUCUGCCUCAAUGGUUGUUCAAUCUCACUAGCCUUGUUUAUCUAGAUCUUUCUAAUUGUGCUCUGCAUGGCAAGUUGCCAGUAACCAUUGGUAACUUGAGUAGCUUGAGAUUCUUGAGCUUGUCUUAUAACUCUUUUGAUGGAAUGAUUCCAGAGUCCUUGGGAAACCUUAGUAGCUUAGAGACACUAAGCUUGAAUUCAAAUAUGUUCAAUGGAGGCAUUCCAGAAUCAAUUAACAACCUCACCAACUUAGUGAAUCUUGAUUUGUCUCGCAAUGAGUUUCAGAAGUUGCCAAAGAGAUUUGGGGGGCUAAAAAAGUUGGAGAGACUUGAUUUGUCAGAAAACCAAGUUCAGGGAUGCAUCCCUGAAAGCAUUGGUGAACUGGAAAACAUCAAGUUCUUAGUCUUUUCUGAAAAUAUGAUGAGUGGAGAGAUACCAGAGAGUAUUGGUAAUCUUACAGUUUUGCAGCAUUUUGAUGGGUCUCAAUGUCAUAAUCUCAGUGGCACAUUGCCUGAAACGAUUGGGAACCUGGUAGAUCUUCAGUAUUUAGAUUUGUCGAAAAAUAUGAUAAGUGGAGAGCUACCACAGAGUUUAGGAAAUCUUAUGCAACUGCGGCAAUUUAAAAUGGCAUUAAACCAGAUCACCGGGCAAUUACCAGUCUCGAUUGGUAAGCUCUCAAACCUGUCCGAGCUUGAUUUAUCAUAUAAUAACAUUUCUGGAACGUUGCCAAAAUCCAUGGGAAAUUUAUGUAAUUUAAUGAUAAUGUAUUUGAAUGACAACUUCAUCAGUGGUUCGAUUCAUGAUUUGCUGAAUAAAUUGUCCAAAUGCACACAAAACAUGAGAUUCAAUGGCAGUGACAGCCCUGUUGGCCUGACUACAUUGGCUCUGGGAAAGAACAGAUUCAACAGCACAGUUCCAGAAAGCUUAGGCCAAUUCUCUAAUCUCAUGGCAUUAUUUCUUUCGUCGAAUUCAUUCGUUGGUGUCUUAACUGAAGCUCAUUUUACUAAUCUUGCAAACUUGCAGUCCAUGGAUUUCUCAUUCAAUUUGUUGCGGUUGAAUGUGAGUGAGAAUUGGAUUCCUCCUUUCAAUGCAUCUGUCAUCAGAAUGUGCUCCUGCAAAAUAAGGUCCAAGUUUCCAUCUUGGAUUAAGACCCAGGCAAACUUGGGUGAUCUAUGCCUUUCAGAUGCUGAAAUUUCAGGUGAAAUCCCUUCAUGGUUUUGGAACUCAGGUUAUGUGAAUCUCAAUCUAUCACAUAAUAAUUUGGAGGGAAAUUUACCUACUUCUUUGGAAUACAAUUCCUUCUCUAACAUUGAUUUGAGUUGGAACAAAUUUGAAGGUCUCAUUCCAAAUCUUGAUCCAUCAUUACUCAUUGCAAUUGAUCUCAGUAAUAACUUAUUCUCUGGGCCAAUUCCAUCAUACUUUGCUGCUGCUGAAGAGGUUAAAGUUUUCUCUUUCUCUUUUAAUCAUUUUAAUGGUAGCAUUCCAUUGUUCUUUUGUAACUUAACUGCUCUAAUGGUGCUUGAUCUUUCUAACAAUGAUAUGUCUGGUGAGCUUCCUCUUUGCUGGAACCAGUCAUCAAACUUGGAAAUUCUUGAUUUAUCUGACAAUAAUUUCUCUGGCACCAUCCCUGACUGUAUCUUCUCUCUGUCAUAUCUCCGGUCAUUGCAUUUGCGGAAAAAUGGUUUUUCCGGCAAUCUUCCAAUAUCUUUAAAAAAAUACGCCGACAAGUUGGUGACUCUCGACAUGGGUGAAAACAAGCUUUCAGGUAGCAUUCCGGCAUGGAUCGGAGAGAACCUUCUGUCAUUAGUCAUACUUCGCUUGAGAUCAAAUUUGUUUGAAGGUGUUAUUCCAGAGCAACUAUCAAAUCUGUCAUCUCUUCAGGUUCUGGACCUUGCAAACAAUAAAAUAUCAGGUCAAAUUCCUCACUCUUUUGGAGAUUUUAAAGCUAUGGCCACAAGUCAUGUGGGAAGUCCUCUGCUUUCUGUUUAUACUUAUGAGCCAUGCAUCUUUCUUGUUAGUAUGAUUCUUGAGAAUGGAGAUUCUCUGAACUGUGCCUCCUUGGAACGAUUGCAAAACCGAAAGAUGUCUAUUUACUCGGAAUAUCUAUUCAUAUCGGCAAAGGGACUAGAAACAAAAUUCACAAAGGUACUUCCAUUGGUAAAAAGUGUAGACUUAUCGGGUAAUUUGCUAUCCGGUGAGUUGCCGGACGAAAUCACUAAGUUGUAUGGAUUGCGAUUCUUUAAUCUUGCUGACAAUCAUUUCAACGGGAUGAUACCAGAAAACAUCGGUGAUAUGAAACAGCUUGAAUCACUUGAUCUUUCAGUGAACAAUUUUUCGGGUGUCAUUCCUUCAAGCUUGGCAACUUUAAGUUUUUUGAAUCAUUUGAAUCUGUCACACAACAGGUUCUCAGGAAAAAUUCCAGUAGGCAGUCAGCUUCAGACUUUUGAUGCAUCGGCUUACGAUUGGAAUGACGGUCUUUGUGGAUUUCCUCUGAGUGAUUGCACCAACCAGAUCCCCGAUGAUUCUGUGCAUGAAGGAUUUCAUGACAAUGAAGAACAUGGAGAUUGGUAUGAUAUAUGGAUUUAUAUAGGCUUUUCAAUGGGAUUCAUCUUUGGCUUUUGGAUAUUCAUUGGCAUAAUCAUAACCAAGCAGAGCAUAAGAAUUGCUUAUUUCAGAGCCAUUGACACUGUGUAUGAUUCUAUUUAUCUGAAGAUAGUUCUACAAUCAAGGAGAUUGAAAUCAAUUUUUCGACGUUGAACUAAGGUCUGGCUGAAGCUUUUCCUGUUCUACCUUGUUCGUCGAUGUUUGAGAAGACUGAACUUUUGAGUCAGACCUGAAUUUUUCCUGUUUUAUUGUCAUACUGUAUUACUUUCUUCUCUGCUCUUCUUCAAGUCUUUAUUACUGCAGUUUGUAGUGCUAUCAUUAAGAAGCUAUGCUUCAGUGUUAAAAUAA